AACCUCCCAUAUAAUUGGAGAGAGAGAACACACACACCAUUGGUCAAUAUAAACCCAACACACAUACACAAACUAUUGAAACCACACAUAAACUAUCAAAGUCUUUCAAUCUUAUCAUUCCAGUCAACGCAAAACCAUGGAUUCAGAGAUAGCCUUCGACUUGUCUCCACUGUUCAUAAUCUUCAAGAAUGGCCGCAUCGAGCGCCUCAGCGGUGAAACCUUCGUCCCACCUUCUUCAACUCCACAAAACGGCGUCGUCUCAAAAGACGUCGUUUAUUCUCCCGACAACAAUCUCUCUGUCCGUAUUUUCCUCCCGGAGAAAGCCGCCAAGACAGGUGAAAAACUCCCUCUCCUCAUUUACUUCCACGGAGGAGCAUUCAUCAUCGAAACUCCAUUCUCACCAACUUACCACACUUUCCUCACGACGGCUGUCUCUGCCUCCGGCUGCAUAGCAGUGUCGGUUGAUUACCGGCGUCCACCGGAGCAUCCCAUUCCGACUCCUUACGAUGAUUCUUGGACGUCUCUCAAAUGGGUGUUCACCCACGUUGACGGACAUGGACCUGAUAGUUGGUUAAACAAACACGCUGAUUUUAGCAGAGUGUUCCUCGCCGGAGACAGCGCCGGCGGGAACAUCACUCACCACAUGACGAUGAAAGCUGCGAAGGAGAAACUCAGUCCCGGCUUGAGCGGUUCAGGAAUCUUUGGGAUCAUCUUGGUACAUCCUUACUUCUGGUCUAAGACACCAGUGGACGACAAGGAGACAACGGAUGUAACGAAGAGGUACAGACCGGAGGUGUUAUGGAACAUAGCGAGUCCUAACAGCAAAGAGGGAGUGGAUGAUCCGUUGAUCAACGUGGUUCAGUCAGAGUCUGUGGAUAUCUCAGGGUUAGGUUGCGGGACGGUUUUGGUGAUGGUGGCGGAGUUAGAUUUGUUAGUGAGGCAAGAUUGGUGUUACGCGGCGAAGCUUGAGAGGAGCGGUUGGAAAGGAGAAGUGGAGGUGAUGGAGAGUGAAGGAGAAAGCCAUGUUUUUCAUUUGAAGGAUCCUGAUACUGAGAAAGCUCGUGAGCUCGUUGAGAAGUUCGCAAGCUUUAUUAAGGGAGACAUUUAA